UCCCAUCCUUACCAACCCAACUAAAUCGUCCAGUUCCAGCAUAUUCACAGGCAGUAUCCUUACCCAAAACUCAGAUCUCAUCGCCUUCCCUGACGGCACUCCUGAAGGGCACUGUGCCAGCAAACUCUCAGGCGGUCUCCAUAGCAAAACCACAGGUUGUGAGCCUAGUUGGUGGUGUAAGUGACUCGACAGGACAUACUAAGACUGUGGCCAAUACUGAGUCCUCUUCCUCCUCCACUGGCAGCAUGUCUGGUCUGGAAGCAUUACUUGCAGGAACACCAUCAGCUGAUAAUCCUGCCCCACAGAGAGGUGGUCCAUCACUUCUGGAACGUCUCUCUGCUCAAACUUCUGGUUCUAUCACUGCUCCUGCUUCAGACAGUGGCAUUGUGAAGGUUGGCAGUAAUGUAGGGGCACCAUCAAGUCAGACUAAUGUUGGGAGUUCUGCAGCAGCAGCAGUUCUGCGAAGUGACAGUGGCAGUGGUGGUCCUCCUCCCAACAUCAAUAUUGCCAGUCUUAACCUUCCUGGCCUCAAUGUAGCAGGACUGCAGAGUCUCACAGCAAACUUAGGUGGACUACAAAAUGUACAAGUCUCAAUCCCAGGCCUUGCUGUUCCAAUUUCACUCUCUUUAAAUGUUCCUGUCACAAGUUCUACUGGUGUGAUAUUAUCAUCACCACCACCUUCAAGUGUGGCAACAAAGGUUUCAGGCUCAACUGCAGUAACAUCAGCUGCAACAGUAAUGAUUGCAAGCCAGCCAACUCUUCAGCAAGGGCAAGUUGUUCAACUACCAAUAGGCCAGUUGAGUUCUUCUCAGUUGGCAGCACAGUUAACUAAGUCAACCACGCAGCAGGGUGGGUCUUCUUCAACUAUACCUGUAUUGCAGCUUCAGGGCGUCGGGGGCCCCUUGUUCACCCCGGUUCGAGGAGGAGGUGCUGUGAGUAGUGCAGGAGGAGGAGUAACAACUGCAGGAAACUCUCUCACACAGCAGACAGUACAGGUUGCUCUCCCUGCAGGACAGGGGACUGGGACUGUGGUGUCAGGUGGUGAUACGAACCUAGGUGUAGCGCACACAACGACUGUAUGUGCUACUCAGGCUUCUGUUGUUAGUUUAACUGCAAAACAGCAGCUCCAGCUGGCAUUGCAGAAAUCAGGUCCUCUCAGCAUUCCACAGCUACAGUUGCAACAAAAGUUAGCAGCGCUUGCCAAACGUCAACAUCAGUUGCAAAACCAUCAGCAGCAACAACAGCAACAACAGCAGCAGCAACAGCAGCAGCAACAACAGCAACAACAACAGCAACAACAACAACAGCAACAACAACAACAACAGCAGCAGUAGCUAUAAUAUUCAUUAUUACUUUUAUGAAAGAAUUAGUCAUAUUUUGAAAGUAAUAAAAAUAUGUAAAAGACAUUGCAUUAUUGAAAGUUAUGUACAAAGUGGAUAGUGCAAUAUGUUAUCUUCUCAAAAGAAUGCCAUCUUCCAGUAAAUGCAAAUACAUAUGCAUUUUAGCAUUAGUAUAUUGUUCCUAAUUCUUCAUGUUUUUUUUUUUGUUGUUUUUUGUCCAUCACUCCUUACCUCACUUUUCUUUUUCUACUCCUCAUUUUAUCUAUCUCAGUCCUUGUAUAUAUUUUAUCAACCUUUCUCUGUGUCUACUUCUCAUAAUAUCUCCUUACGUCUCAAGUUUAAGGUGCAUUAUUAAGAUCUUUGCACUAAAUUGUUGAAAGUAUGCAGACUUUGUUGAAUGAAGUUGAAUUCUGUGGCCCAGUUUUGUAUUUUUUCAUGUAGAUUGUGUGAAAGAUGGGUUCUGAGGUUAAUAACAGUAAGUGUUACUGAUGUUAUAUGUCUGAAAUACUAUAGUUGAUGAGGUGGUCAUCUAACAUACUCUUAGAAGUGUUCAUUGAGGCAAAUGUUCAAAAAGGGAUGAAUGGCAGUGAAAUUUUGAUUAUAUGUAUUUCUUUUGAUGAUGUAAUCAAAAUGCCUCACAUUCAUCUCCGGAGCCCAAUUCAUACCUUUUGCUGCACCAAGAAUUGUUUAUUCAGCUUUGAAUUUCACAAGAUUUUGUUUUAUGUAAGUCAUUUUUAAAACCCUUAGAUGCAAACUUUGUUUAUAUAGGCCUCCCAGUCAGAAAUUCCAAGGAUUUAUUUUAGUAUAUAUUUAUUCAUUUUAACCCCUAUUUUUAUCUACCCUCUAUUCAACAAGUAUAUCUCCCGAUGCUGAAAGAUCACAACAUUACCUUUUUUAUGUUUUCUUUUUGUUACAAAUUUUUGUCCAAAUCUGAAAUCAAUAUACUGAAUUCUUAUUAUCUGUUCCUUUGCUGACCAGUUAUAUACUCUUUUACCAAUCAGUAUUUUGUUUAAAAGUUAAAUAGAUGUGUCCAAACUUUCCAAAGAGUCAUUCAUUGGAAGUGCACUAAAAAUUACCAUUGUUUUGAUAUAAAUCUUACAUUGUUGAAAUACAGAUGUGUUCUGAUUUUUUUUUAUUCCUCCUUUAAUUUGCAUUUGGUAAAGGCAGCUGAGAUUAGGUCCAUGAAGACUUAUUUCUUUGUUACAAAUACAGUUUUGCUUCACAGUUUCAAUGUUCUCAUUCUACCUUAGAAUAUAGCUAGAAUAUAGCAUAAACAUAUCCAAAAUAUAUCUAUACAAAUGAUAUUUUUACAGAUUCUGUCAUGUAGCAUUUAUCAUUGUGUACACUUCUUUCAUAAUUUAAGCAUUGACACUUGGAAACUAUUUUCAGAUUUAUGAGCUGUAUAUGAAACAAUGUGGAAAUAUAACAGAAACAUUGCACUUAUUUAUGUGUUGCAAGAGACAGUAGGGCUCUUACAUAUUUAUAAUAUGGUUAUUAUUUUUGUUGCAUAAUUAUAUGAUACUCAUAUUGUAUUUUAGAUUGCAGUGUUGUGACUGUAUGUAUAUAUUUAUGUAUAUAGUUUCAUGUUAUUUAAUGUAAUUUUACAGGGACUAUUUAUUUGAUUCUAUUGCAGUAUUAAAAUAUACAGGGUUUGUAGAGGUUGAGAGACAUAUGAAAAUGCAAAAUACUAUAAGAAAUGAUCAAUAAAAUACAAGCUAUA